UGAGCGCUUGACACGAGCGCGCAGAGAGCAGAGCUAAGCGGACCGUGGAGAGACACACUCAGUUCAUCUACAUGAGGAUGGAGGUGGAGAACCGAUCCAACAGAUUUAAUUUCUCCAAACGGGACAAAUUACUGAGCUCCGGUUUUGAUGAAGAGAACUCCCUCCAGGACGACACAGAGGACGGUGGUGAGCGUUGGUGUCUGAUCUGCGGUGACCGGGCGUCCGGGCUGCACUAUGGCAUCAUUUCCUGUGAGGGCUGUAAGGGCUUCUUCAAACGCAGUAUCUGCAACAAGCGCAUCUACCGCUGCAGCAGAGACAAGAACUGCCAGAUGUCCCGCAAGCAACGCAACCGCUGUCAGUACUGCAGACUGCAGAAAUGCCUUCAGAUGGGAAUGAACCGCAAGGCAAUCAGAGAGGACGGGAUGCCAGGAGGGAGGAAUAAAAUGAUUGGACCUGUACAGAUCUCUCUGGAGGAGAUUGAACGAAUCAUGUCUGGCCGGGAGUUUAAAGAAGGAGCUGAACUAUCUGAUUCGUGGAGCCACGGCUACAGUAACCACAGUUCACCUGGCAACAGUAUCUCCGAGGGCGGUCAGACCUUAUCUUUUUCCACGCUGUCAACCAGCCGUUCUGUGGAUGUGAGAACAUACUCCGUGUCCUGUAGAGAUCAGUGCAGCGGUCCUCAGCUUACACACUCUUUCCUGUUGUGUAAACAUCCUGUACCACCCUCUACUGGCCGUGGGCUGAAGACACAGACACACACACUGACAGCCCAGCUGCUCGCUGCUGAGGACCUCACACCUCUCGCUACACCCAUGAUCAUAGAAGAGGGGUAUAACGUGACUCAGUCGGAGCUGUUGGCUCUGCUGUGCCGUAUAGCUGAUGAGCUGUUAUUCAGACAGAUUGUCUGGCUGAAGCGUUUACCUUUCUACAGCGAUCUGUCCAUCAAAGACUGCACUCGUUUACUGGGGGCUUCCUGGCAUCAGCUCAUCCUGCUCUCCUCGCUCACGGUGUACAGCGGACAGAUACUGGGAGAACUGGCCAACAUCACACAGCAGUACACACCGUCCAGCCUGACACUACAGGAGUUUGGUGAGGAUGCUAUGGAGGUCAUGGAGAGUUUAAAUUUUCUCUUCCGUAAGUUUCAUCAACUAAAUAUCAGCCAUGAGGAAUACAGCUGCUUAAAGACCAUCACCCUGCUCAAUCAAGAUAUGGCAGGCUUGUGCAACACAUCCACGCUGGAACAGAUAAGUGCACAUUACUGGUCCAUCUGUCGUGACCUGACAGAACGGUUCCACCCUCGCCGACCCAAACGCUUCUCUGAAAUCAUCACCUGCCUUUCUGAAAUACGCCACACCUCAGGUAAGAUGAUGAUGGCUGUUCCACUGGAGCAGCUCCCUCUUCUGUUAAAGGCGGUACUCUACUCUUGCACAACCAAUCAAAACCCCUGGCUAACCUCCAAGACAUAAGCCACACCUCCAACUAGCUGUUUUACCACCCCCCCCCCCCACCCAAUCUAUUUAUAACAUGACAAAGUUGAAUGUAAAAAACUCUUGACAGAUUAGACAAAUUAGAGUUCAAGAUGUCUGGAAGGAACAUGAUGAUUUGAAGGAAAAAACUCUGACCCAUUGUGUUUAUGAUCAAAAUGAAAAGAAAAAAACAGAAAUGAACACUCUGCAAUCUAUUGUUGAAUUAUGCAGCCUCUAGCUAUGAUAUGAAAUGUCCUUGUGUUGCAGGAUGUCACUGAUAAAAUAUGCCUGAUAAAAUAGUGAAGAUGCCAAGGUGCUGAAUUUCAUUCAAAAAACAAUGCUUCUUAUUGAGAUGAUAGCUACAUUUGAGCUAUAGGGAUUUAAAUAGUCAAAAUGAUCAUCCACAGCUCACAAGUUUGAGUACCAAUGGUGAGUGUGCCACAAUAUACGUGCUGCUCACCAUCAUUUUUUCAGAAUGGAGACUUCCAGGGUAACAGAAUUCAAGAAGCACACUCUUUAUCAGGUUUGUGUGUGUGUGUUACAUGUGUGAUUUCCUCUCACAUAUCUUCAAGGAAGUGUGAAUGUUCGAAGAGGGUUUAUGUGUUGGUAUUCUGCCAUAGUUGUAGAUUUGUUGGAAAUGUUCCUCCUGUGUUCAUUUUUACUUCUGUUUUUGAACAUGUUUUUAUGUGUUUGAGCUGUUACUGAGGAGCCAUUUCUCAGAAAGUUUGAUUUACCUGAUGAUGGUUGAGUUUGAUGGAGCAUUCCAAAUAUUACUAAACGUUGGUAGAAUUUCGUGUGGUUUUAACCUUCCAUUCCUUCUUUGAAAGUUCACAUAUCUGUUUCUGCCGCAGCGCAGACAAUGAGAGGGUAAAAUAUAGCGGCACGCUUGCUGAUAGCAUGCGAGGGUCGCUCUGAAGAAGGGGGGUUAUCAUUUUCUUUGUGCACGCCAUGAUUCUCUCUGUUUUGUUACCAUCCGAGGCCUUGAAGUGCCUGUGUAGUUGAUGACAUAAAGACCGGGCGGCAAGAAGACUGUGUCGCUCAGCUGUUUGUCUUUCUUGGUAUUCAUUGUUCAUCUGUUCAGCAUGGUAUUUUUCUUCUAUACAUUUGAAUAUUUACAGCAUUUAAAAUGUAAUUGUCCUUCUUUGCGUUUCAUAAAGAAGGCCUGAUAAA